GUCAUGUGCUCUUUUUACAUCAUACAAAGAAUAUUACACCGAGGAACAUGAAGUCUGUUACAGUUUUCCUAGCUGCAGUGCUUGUGCUGGAGGCAACUGCACUGCCGACAGUCCUGCGUUUUAGCCAAGAGAGAGCUGUACUCAAGCCUCAGUUGGUAAGGCUCCACCAAGUCCCUAUAGUCAAGGACAAGGUGGGAGUGGACCUGUGCCCAACCUGUGUUGACUUUACAACACAAGCUAUCAAUGCCUUGUUGGAGAUCAUCUUAAAUGGAGGGGUACUGACCGCCUGCUCUGACCUCUGUGGUGCUUUGGCAAACAAGACUGGCAGCCAAGCAGUUGGUGCUAUCUGCGAUGUCCUUUGUAGUAUAGUAGGAGUUGAAGAGUUCAUCCAACUUAUACAAGAUGCAGAUCUUGAUCCCAUUUACUUCUGUGAGUUGAUCACUGUGUGUCCAGUCUUUGAUUCAGGAGAUGCCAAUAUCACAGCACUGACCGUCAAGCCUCCACAAGGCCCUCAAGGUACAUCCUUUAUUGUGGAUAUCGAAUACACAAGCAAAAAUGGUACCGGAACUGGAGAACUUGUUAUAGAACUUGAUACUGUUGAUGGUAUUCCAGUAGCUUCAGCCUUUCUCCAGCAAAAACAACCCCCAGGCACAUAUGGCAGUAAAAUAACAAUCCAUGCAAAGCCAGACCCUGACUGCGAUCCUACACAAGGGCCCUGUGAAAUGUGGCUGCCUGGAACCUACAUUGUCAAGAUUGCACUUUGCAAUGGUGAAUGUGGCAGCUUGCAUCCUCAUAGUCAAAUCUAUGAUACAGGAUCAACCAACUUCACCAUCACCGGCUAAAGGUUAUCUGCAUCCAGAUGCAAGAAAUCUUUGCUAGAAGAUGCAAACAGCAUAUGAAUUGUGUUCAUCUGAUGAAGAAAAAUGCACUUUUG